CCGUCUUGCUAGUCAACUUCUUGCCACAGGAUGUGCCCGAUCUAGUGCGCGUUGAAUUUUUUUGGAAGAUGGACAACCCCGACUCGCCGGACUCGCUGGCCAGCGACCAGCUGACCGUCGACCUGCUGAGCCCGCGCUCGAAGCGGCGCCGCGCCCACGACGCCGACGCCGACGGCCGCCGCACGCCCGACCUGGCCAAGAACAACAACAACGACGUGGGGUUCGUGCUGAUGGACGGCGAGCACCACGAGAACGGCGACGACGACGACGAAGAACGGUUGACAGCCGGAGGCCAUGGUUCACUAGCUCUAAGCGGAAGUUCGCCCGGAUACGGCGCGGGCGGCUCCGGAGCGCACCACCGCGGCUCCGGGGGCCUUCACCACAGCUCGGCCAUGCAACACCAGCUGCCCCAACCGGACUUCCAGCCCCCGUACUUUCCGCCGCCGUUCCACCACCCACCUAGUCCGCCUCCUCAGCAGCACCUAGAGUACCUCACUGACCCCUACGGUGGUCUUUCCGGUCUUCACCACUACAACCAGUUGGGACUUCGGCCACGAGAGGGCGAUCCCAACCACACACACGUGAGUCAACUGGGCCAUGGGGCCGGUUUUCCGUACAGUUCGGCGCCCGGUGGCGGCCGUCCCGACUACUCUGUAACGACCCCUCAACGACCCCACGAUGACCCCCUGUCGCUCCACCAGGCCCUCGGGCAAGCAGUGGAAGAGGCCCAGGGUGGCAUCGACGACAACACAGGCUUCAUAUCCGACUUACCUCUCUUAAAAAGUAUGAAAGGGGGCAAGGACCACGGCGGAGGCGCGAUGGUGUCGCCCAGCGACGUCUUUUGUUCGGUUCCGGGACGCCUCUCCCUCCUCUCGUCAACCUCAAAGUACAAAGUAACCGUAGGUGAAGUGCAACGACGUCUGUCGCCGCCGGAGUGCCUCAACGCCUCGCUGCUCGGGGGCGUGCUGAGGAGGGCCAAAAGCAAGAACGGCGGCAGGAUCCUUCGGGAGAAGCUCGAGAAGAUCGGGCUGAAUCUGCCGGCGGGGCGGCGGAAAGCCGCCAACGUCACGCUGUUGACCUCUCUCGUGGAGGGCGAGGCCAUCCACCUGGCGCGGGACUUCGGAUACGUCUGCGAGACGGAGUUUCCGGCGCGUCAGGUGGCAGAGUACCUGCUGCGGCAGCACGGGGAGACUCCGAGGAGGAAGGAGCUGCUCCAGGCCACGAAGCAGAUCACCAAGGAGCUGAUGGACCUGCUCAACCAGGACCGGUCGCCGCUGUGCAAUACGAGGCCGCAAAUUCUUCUGGACCCAUCGAUACAACGACAUCUGACGCACUUUUCGCUCAUAAGCCACGGGUUCGGGAGUCCUGCCAUAGUGGCCGCUCUCACCGCCAUUCAGAACUUUUUAAGUGAAUCGUUGAAACAUUUAGAUAAAGUGUUUCCCAACCAAAACACGCAACAAGGACAGGCUAUGUUAGUUACUUCGUCUCUUGACAAAGCCAAAUUAGAGGACAAGAAGUGACCAUUUAAUAAACUUUUAUGUGUUGUGAUCUGAAGAUUACGCUACAAAUUACGCGAUCUCGUGGAUAUAGCGUCGUCUCCUUUGUUUAAGACUUUGUUAUAAGUAUUAUUGUAAUUGUUUUUUAUUGUAAUUAUGCUGAUUGAUAUAUGUAAAUAUAUUUUUUUCAAACAGUGCCAAUGCCGACGAUGUAUUCUAUUACAUAUAGAAAAUUUGGGUAAAGAAUAAAACACAACUUAAACGAU